AUGCGGACACCGCUAGCGAUGGAACUGAUACAAAUGAUAAUGAUACUGAUUUUGAAUGGAUUUCUGGAAAAGAGACAAAAAACCGAACAAAAACAAAAUAGUGCUAGUCAAAUGAGAAUUUUACUAGAGAUUACAACUAAAGCUGCUGAUUUGACUGGUAUAUUAAGCAGAAAUGUGGCAAAAAUUGCAACAGCCGUUUUAGAUGAUACGAGCUUAGUAUCAGCUGAUGAACAAGGCACGAUUAUAGAUAAGAACAAGGAGGAGGAGCAUAUUGCAUUUAUUGAAGAACUCGAAAGCAAAUACCUCGGACAUGAAUCUUUAGUGCCACCAGUAAAAGUAACUGACAUAUCAAAAGGUCUAAUGUUUUUUUAUAAAAGAAAACAAGAUCGACACGACAAAUUGUACUGUGAUUAG